AUGGCACAGAAGAAUACGAAAUCCAACACAACGACAUCAUUGAAACAAACAAGUACAACACCCAAAUCGACAAGCGCACAAUCUUCAGUUAAAAAUAUUCAAUCUCAAGAACAAUCAAUGGUCAAGACUACAUCAAUCGAAUAUCCAAAAAAUAUUAUUGAGAAUUAUAUUAUUAUUUGGUUAAAUCCUAAUCUUGAUUUGUCGAAUGAAGAAAACAAAGAAUUAAUUAGUCAACUCCGAUCUAUCGUUAACACUACUAUAACAUUGACUGAUAUUGAUCAAUGUGUUAAAUUUCUCAAACAAAUCAAAAAUGAAAAAGUCUUUUUAAUCAUUUCUGAUUGUUUCAUUAAACAGAUUGCUUUACUCGAAGAAGAAUUUACUCAACUCAAUUCAAUCUAUAUAUUUUGUGAUCAAAAAUUAAAAUUUGAUGAAAUCAUCAAAGCAUACAAAAAAGGAAAAGGUGUUUUUACUCAAAUGAAACUUCUUUGUAUUGAACUGAAAAAAGAAGUUCGUCAAUUAAAUAAUGAUUUGAUACCAACUAGUAUUAUUUCUGUACCAUCGACUACUAAUUUCAAUGAACUUGAUCCAUCAUUUAUGUAUUGUCAAUUACUUAAAGAAAAUUUUCUAACAACACAGAAUAAUAUUGAAAGUUCAGUUCAAGAACUCGUGGAAUUUUGCCGUACUAAUUACGAGGAGAAUAAUGGUGAGAGAGAACUAGUUGAAAAAUUUGAACAAAAAUAUAUUGAAAUAUCACCAAUCUCAUGGUACACACAGCAAAGUUUUGCAUACAAGAUGCUCAACAAAGCUCUAAGAACACUUGAUAUUAAAACUAUUAUGAAAAUGGACUUCUUUAUUCGAGAUCUUCAUAGGGACAUAGAAUUAUACCAUUCGAAAUUGAACAUUAAUCUAUGUCCGUUCAAAGUCUAUCGAGGACAAGGCUUGCCAAAUGAGGCGUUUGACCAGCUAAAGAAAAACAAAGAUGGUCUUAUAGCUUUCAAUAGUUUUCUUUCCACGACGAUCGAUAAAUCUGUUGCUCUGAACUUUGCUCGUAAUAGUCAAUGUUAUACCAAUACAACAAGUAUUCUGUAUGAAAUGAAAAUUGAUCCAUCUAUUUCAUCGAUUCCUUUUGCUUCAGUGAGUCACCUAAGUGCAUAUCCUCAAGAAAAAGAAUAUCUUUUCUCAAUAUGUACAGUCUUUCGAAUCGAUAAUAUCGAAAGACACGAUGAACAUCUAUGGACAAUAAAAUUGACAUUGACAAAUGAUAAAGAUCCAUUACUUAAACGUCUUACUGAUCAUUUGCGAAUUUCACUUGGUGAUGGAAGUGGAACGCGUCGACUAGGUCAAUUAAUGAUAAAGAUGGGUCAAUUUGAUAAAGCUUUAGAGAUUUAUAAAAUAUUACUCAAAACUGUUGAUCCUGAUGACAAAAAAGAAACGACUUUUCUUCAUAAUCAAUUAGGAUAUGCUUGGAAACAAAAAGGUGAAUUAAAAGAAGCAUUUUCUCAUUACGAAGAAUCUCUUAAGAUAAGUCGAACUUAUAUGUCAGAUAUUGAUCAUCGACUCUCUAGUACAUAUUCGAAUAUUGGUGGAAUUCUUAAAAAACUAGGUGAUUGUAACGGAGCAUUGAAAUUUUAUGAACUUGUUCUUAAGAUCGAUCUUGCUGCUCCAAAACCUAAUCCAUUAGAAAUUGCUAUUGAUUACAAUAAUAUUGGUUCAGUGCUUGAUGAUCAAGGAAAAUAUGCUGACGCACUUAAAAGUUAUGAACAAGCAUUAGAAAUUAAAUUAACUCAUCUUCCACCUCAUCAUCCAUCAUUAGCUGGUACUUAUAGUAACAUUGGUUUAAUACAUCGAAAAAUGGGUGAUUGUUCAACUGCAUUGUCAUCCUAUCAUAAAACGCUUGAAAUUCAACAAAAGUCUUUACCACCUAAUCAUCCAUCAUUAGUUGUCACUCAUGGAAAACUGGCUAUAGCAUUGGAAGAUCUUCAUCGAUAUGAAGAAGCUAUUGAACAUGCUCAAAAAGCUGUUAAUGUCGCUGCUGUUGCAUUCGGACCUUCACACCCAGAAGUGGAAAAACGACAACAAUAUCUCGAUAAACUUCAACAAGAAAAGAAGGUGGUCACUAAGCAAUGA